AUGUCUUCGUUUUCAGAUUUCCAACCUUCAUCUUCAGAACCUAAAUGGAACUAUGACGUGUUCUUCAGUUCAUCUAUCGACUGUUUCGUAAUUAGGUCUCUCAAAUCCUCUCUCAGGGAUGCUGAAAUCAAGACAUUCAUCGACGAUGAUGAUAAAAAAGAGAUCAAGCCAGCAAUACUGAGAGCCAUCGAGGAGUCUAGAACCUCGCUCAUAGUGCUAACAAAAGAUUUUGGAGACUCCAUAGAGCGUCUGAAGAGACUGCAGAAAAUCAUGAAGUGUCACAGAAGAAAGGGUCAGGUGGUAUUGCCAAUUUAUUAUGAUGUGAAUCUGUGGGAAGUAAGAAAGCAGAGUGGAAGAUUUGGAGAAGCUUUUGAAGGACUUGUGAAGGGGACAUGCGUGACCCAAAAAGAGCAGAUGAGAUGGAGAAGAGACUUCGCCCAAAUUACAUCCUUGCCCCGUUGGGAACUCUCACAUCUAGAAUGGUCCAGCAAUAAUGCGAUUAUUAUUAACUCCAUCAAGAGAAUACUAGACAAUACAUCCUUAUUGUUCAUCGCACGCCAUCCUGUGGGGAUAGAGCUCCGUGUGAAAGAAGUGCUUCAAUUGUGUCACUUUGUUGAAAAUGUUUGA